AUGGAUUAUCACAGUGGCUUCAACAAUAAGUUCGAACAGCAGCAAUUGUAUUUUAUGCACGGUGUGUGCCGAGAAGGAAACCAGUGCCUGUUCUCACAUGACUUGGCAAACAGCAAGCCCUCAACCGUCUGCAAAUACUAUCAGAAGGGCUAUUGUGCCUAUGGAGCUCGUUGCAGAUAUGAUCAUACAAGGCCUUCUACUGCAGCAGGUGGUGCUGUAGGUGCCACAUCCCACAGUAUACCUGUCCCAGCUCUCCACAGUCCUCCUCAUCCUUCUGACCUGUCUGCAUCUGUUAUAAAAACUAGCUUACAUGAGCCUGAGAAGCGUGAAAAGAGAACAUUGGUACUUAGAGAUCGAAAUCUCUCUGGGUUGGCUGAGGGCAAGGCUCAGCCCUGUUCAGCAAGUAGCCCAGGGGGCAACAGCGACCCCCAGAGCAGCCUGGAGAUAAAGCCGCAGUCCUACUUGGAUGCCAUCAGGAGUGGCCUGGAAGAUGUAGAACCCAGCAGCUCCUAUGUCAGUGAGCAGCAGCUCUGUCCUUAUGCUGCCGCUGGAGAGUGCCACUUCGGAGAUACCUGUGUAUACCUGCAUGGGGAGUUGUGUGAGAUCUGCAGAUUACAAGUACUGCACCCCUUUGAUUCAGAGCAGAGGAAAGCGCAUGAAAAGGUCUGCAUGUCGACAUUUGAACACGAGAUGGAAAAGGCCUUUGCACUGCAAGCAAGUCAGGACAAAGUGUGCAGCAUCUGCAUGGAAGUAAUCCUUGAGAAAGCAUCUGCUUCUGAGAGGAGAUUUGGGAUUCUCUCCAGCUGUAAUCACACAUACUGCUUGUCCUGCAUUCGGCAGUGGAGGUGUGCCAAGCAGUUUGAGAAACUAAUCAUUAAGUCUUGUCCAGAAUGCCGUGUGAUAUCAGAGUUUGUCAUUCCAAGUGUGUACUGGGUAGAAGAUCAGAAUAAAAAGAAUGAGCUGAUUGAAGCUUUCAAACAGGGAAUGGGGAAAAAGGCUUGCAAAUACUUUGAGCAAGGCAAGGGGAUCUGCCCAUUUGGAUACAAAUGCCUUUAUCGACAUGCUUACCCUGAUGGGCGGCUUGCAGAACCUGAGAAACCCCGGAAGCAACUUAGUUCUGAAGGCACCGUGAGGUUUUUGAAUUCCGUGCGGCUGUGGGACUUCAUUGAAAAUCGAGAAAGCCAGCACAUCUCCAACACUGAAGACGUGGACGUGACUGACCUGGGGGACCUCUUUAUGCACCUCUCUGGAGUCAGUUCUUCAGAGCCUUAA